GAUGAAAGAGAAGUAGAAACGCGACAUUGAAAAAACGCACUUAUGCCUCCACGUAAUUCGAACUGUAGGAGAUUGCAGUAAAAUAAACGGAGAAAAACCCUCUACUCGAUUCUCAGUCGCACCUGACAAAAUAAACCGAUCCACCACCAGUGCCGCCGCCGUGAAACGCCUUUGCGAUACAGCUAAACUCCGCCCUAGUUCCUAAGAGAGAGAGGUGUUUACAAAAUUAAUUGGUGAAAUCAUUUAAUUUCAAUGGCAACGGCGACUUACCCACCGCCUCCGCCGUACUACAAGCUCUACAAAGAGUACUCUCAGGACCCGGACUCCGCCCCCGCCCCGCCACCUCCAAUCGAAGGCCCCUAUGUCCUCUACGGCGCCAGUUAUACGACCGAUGACGUGCUUCCAGGUCUCGAGGAGCAGGGUGUUCGUCAAUUGUACCCAAAAGGGACAAAUAUUGAUUUCAGGAAAGAACUGAGGUCACUUAACAGAGAAUUGCAACUACAUCUGUUGGAGCUUGCCGAUGUUCUGAUAGAGAGGCCAUCUCAAUAUGCUAGGAGAGUCGAAGACAUUUCUCUUAUUUUCAAGAACUUACAUCACCUUCUCAAUUCUCUCCGUCCACAUCAGGCUAGAGCAACACUGAUCCAUAUCCUAGAACUCCAGAUACAACGACGCAAACAAGCUGUUGAGGAUAUUAAGAGGAGAAGAGAAGAAGCACAAAGACUCGUAAAGGAGGCACUCGGAACUCUCAACGGACAGUAGAAACAGAUUCUCCUUUCGGCAGCCACUGUAAGUUGCAUUGCUUAUACAGUAUUGGAUGAUCAAAUUAGUUUUUUGUUUUUUUUGAUAUCGAUCAAAUUAGUUAAUAUCUCAGAAAUUUGGAUUGAAAAAUACUUUAGCAUGUCCGAUGAAUGAAGAUCAACACCACUAGUAUUGAUCUUACGGCUCGUUCGGUUUGGCUGCUAAACGACAUAUAUCGCUUCACUUUCCCAUAUCAAUUAUUAUUAUUAUUA